AGGAGCACGAGCGCCGCUGCGGUGAUCGUGCCGCGCGCUCCAGUUUCAGCAGCAGCAGCAGCAGGAGGAGGAGGAGAGACGUAUAAUCCGCUCGUUAAUGUUGACAGCGACGCGACACGAGCGAUUUUAACCGUUCUAUGCAGGAAAUUAGACACCGGGACACACAUUUCAGCAGAGCCCGUGUGUGUUUAAACGCACGGGGUGUUUAGAGACGAAUGAGCGGCUUCCAGGCCGGACGCGGGCGGAUGGGAUUCCCGGUGUAGAUGGAGAGAAACCUAGCGGGCGGAGAAGCGUCGCUGCUGUAAAUAAUUUAACAUCAGUGUGAUCAACAAAAAUGCAUCUGCACCAGGUGCUGACGGGGGCCGUUAACCCAGGGGACUGCUGCUACUCCGUGGGAAGCGUCCACGACGUCCCGUUCACGGCGUAUGGCUCAGGCUGUGAUAUUGUGAUCCUCGCAAGUGAUUUUGAAUGUGUUCAAAUUAUUCCCGGAGCUCAGAAUGGAAACAUCCAGGUGGGCUGUGUGGAGUGUUCUCAGCAGCUUGGCCGGAUUGCUGCGUCUUAUGGAAAUACUGUUUGUAUUUUCGAACCAAUUACUUCCAACCCAAACAAACGUCACAAGCAACUGAAUUACCAAUGGCAAAAGACUGGUCAGUUCUUCCUCAGUGCUAUAACCUACAAUCUUGCCUGGGACCCCCAAGGCAAUCGUAUUUUGGCGGCGACUGAGCGUUUGCAGCUGUGGGCUCCUCCAACUAGUGACACGCUGAUAGAGGAAGAGGAAUGUCAGCUGAAUGAUGACAGAGCUCAUGAGCUCGUACUCAAUGAUUGGAAGUGUGUCUGGGAGUGCAAGACCGCUGCUGCUGUUCACAUCACUCAAUGGUCUCCAGAUGGAGAAUACUUUGCCACAGCUGGAAAGGAUGACUGCCUGCUGAAGGUGUGGUAUCCCACCACAGGAUGGAAGUCUGCAGUUGUGAUGCCAGACGUGACUGAUAAAAAGGUCCCAGCGGUUCAUUUCUCAUUCGUGUAUCUGGCCCAUCCACGUACGGUUACAGGCUUCUCCUGGAGGAAAACCAGUAAAUAUAUGCCCAAGGGCUCUGUGUGUAAUGUGCUGCUGACGUCCUGUGCGGAUGGCAUCUGUCGUCUGUGGAGUGAGACCCUCUUGCCUGAGGACAGUCUGUUGGGAGGGCAGAUCUCUGAGAACAGCACCAGUUUCAGCUCCUCUCUGCCAAACAUCGCUCAGAAAGACAAGAUACAGCACGCUCUGGAGUCUAUCCACCACCUCAAACACCUGCGCAGGGGCCGCAGAAGAUCGUCCGCCCUGGUGGCCCACACUGAGCUGCUGCCCAGCCAGCUGGGGUCCCACGAAAGCCACCGCCACAUCUCGCACCACGCCAAUGCCCUCUGCCACUUCCACAUCUCUGCCAGCAUCAAUCCCAACACAGAUAUCCCUGCAGCACUGGCUGGAUCGGGCCUGUUCUCUGAGGAUGUCAGCGGAGGGUUUGUGGUGCACUGGCUGAAUAAUAAAGAUCUGAGCUUCACCACCUCCAUGGACCUUUUCAUGCAGCAGCUACGCAAACUCUCUGAGCAGCACCUGGAACAAGCCACUGAUGACUUUGAGCAGGAGGGAGCUCCCAAGUUUGACUUCGAUCUGGAUGAGAUGUCUGAUAAGGGUUCAUCAGAACAUGAAGAGGGAGAUCAGGAGGGAAGCACUAAGGCCUCUUCUCCAGGUUCAAGCAGCAGUGUUCCUCUGCCCUCUGUUUUGCUGGAUCGAAAGCUGGAGACUCUCAUUCUGGAGUGGAACAAGAGUCCAGACAUGCUCUUCACCAUUCACCCACAUGACGGAUCCUUCCUCGUCUGGCACGUCAAGUACCUGGAUGAGUUCAUACCUGGCAUCUUCAGACAGGUUCAGGUAUCAUUCUCCUCUCGUAUCCCUGUGGCGUUCCCCACGGGCGAUGCUAACUCCCUCAGUAAGAACAUCAUGAUGUACGCAUGUACGUUCAUGGACCAAGAUAGCUGCAGUGCUCUGGAGGAGAAACGAAGUGAGCGGCGGGUUCCACAGAGUGUGUCUGCGUCCGCGGGGCUUGGUUCUCUUGGACACUCUCUUGCUGCUGUCAUUGGCCCUGCCGUCAUGAUGGUGUCCAAACAUGUAGAUGGCUCGCUCAACCAAUGGGCUGUGACUUUUGCAGAGAAGUCUGCGUUUUCAAACGUCCUCACAGUUUCGCACAAGUUCCGUUACUGUGGACACCGUUUCCAUCUCAAUGAUUUGGCUUGUCACACGGUCCUUCCCUUGCUGCUAACAUCAUCACAUCACAAUGCACUGUUAACUCCACCCUCUGGAUCUGGAAGUAUUGAUGGAGAUCAGAUUGGGGGUGUGGCUCUACAACCCACCAGGCCAAUGAGAGGCGUUCCUCGUAAACAACUGCGGAAUGCAGCCACACGUACGUUCCACGACCCAAAUGCGAUCUAUAGUGAGCUGAUCCUCUGGAGGGUCGAUCACAUUGGCCCACUGUCCUGCACAGGGGGCGUGUCCGAGCUGGCACGAAUCAACUCUCUCCACACAUCUGCAUUCUCCAAUGUGGCCUGGCUACCAACACUCGUCCCCAGCUCAGUGCUCGGAACGUACUGUAACUCAGCAAGUGCGUGCUUUGUGGCGUCUGAUGGUAAAAACCUGCGUCUGUAUCAGGCUGUGGUGGAUGCCCGCAAACUGUUGGAUGAACUCUCUGACCCAGAGACCUCUAAACUGGUGGGUGAAGUGUUCAACAUUGUGAGUCAGCAGUCCACUGCCCGACCCGGCUGCAUCAUCGAGCUGGAUGUCAUUACCAACCAGUGUGGCUCAAACACUCAGCUGCUCCACGUGUUCCAAGAGGAUUUUAUUUUAGGAUACAAACCACAUGAAGACAUUCCAGAUUUCAACAUUACUAGCUUUCCCACUGCAGAAGAGUACCAGCCCCCUCCUUUCUCAGAAAAGUUCUACCUGGUGGUGAUCGAGAAGGAUGCAUAUCGGAACUCAGUAUUACAGAUGUGGCAUCUUCAUCUGCGCUCGGUGCAGGCUUGUGUGGAAGAGCCAGUAAAUGACCAAGUUUUUCAGAACCAGCUGACGGUUCCUUUGAGUCAAAACAAUGCUGACUCAUCUCCUGAAAUCACUCCGGGUCAUAGUCCGCUGCCCCGGUCCUCCUCUUCCGCCAACUUGCAAUCAGCCAGCAAACUCAUCCUGAGCUCUAAACUGGUCUACAGUCAGCGGCUAGAGCUGCCAUCAGGGGUGGAGCUUAUCAGAGCCACGCCCUCUGCUGGCCACUUGAGCUCCUCGUCUAUCUAUCCUGUUUGUUUGGCUCCAUACCUGAUUGUGACCACCUGUUCUGAUGGACGUGUCAGGUUCUGGCACUGUAGGGUAGACAUGGACUCGUCAGCACCACACCCCGAAGAGACUCGUUCAUAUCGGUGGGAGCACUGGAGCCUCUUGAAAGAGGAAGAGGACAACGACAGCUCUGUGUGUGUUGCGGGCCGACCUGUUGCUGUCAGUUGCUCCUACACAGGAAGACUUGCAGUAUCGUUCAAACAAAUUUUGCCUGGUAAUGAAGGUGAUAUGUCUCAGGACUUCUCCAUGCUUGUAUCAAUCUAUGAGUGUGAGUCAACGGGCGGCUCGGAGUGGGUCCUAGAACAGACGAUUCACCUUGAUGAUUUUAGCAAACCCGCGAAAACGCUAGAUCCACGUGUUAGUGUCGAUAGCAAUUUGGUUGUCUAUAGCAAGUUGGAUCUGUUUGCAACCAAAGACAGCCCCAAUAUCAAGCACUUUGUGCACCUAGACUGGCUGUCUAAAGAAGAUGGCUCCCACAUCCUGACAGUUGGGGUUGGAUCCAACAUCCUUAUGUACGGACGCAUCUCAGGGGUCGUCACCGAGCAGACAAGAGUGAAGGAUGGCAUGGCAGUCACUUUGCCUCUAGGGGGAAGCAUAAAACAGGGAAUUCGCUCUCGUUGGGUGUUGCUGAGGUCUGUAAACCUAGUCUCUUCUGUGGAUGGCACCCCAUCCUUGCCAGUGUCCCUAUCCUGGGUGCGUGAUGGCAUCCUGGUGGUGGGCAUGGACUGUGAGAUGCAGGUUUACGCGCAGUGGAGGCAGGACGAGAAACCGGGUGACUCGGAAGACAACAGCAUCUUAUCCCCAGAGGCCAUUGGAGGUCGUACUGUCUCCGUUUCAAAUGAGGGCAGAGCGCGAUCUAAGAGUGUCUUUGAGGGCAGUGCGGGAAUCGACGAUGCAUUCCGCCCCCCAGCUGUAAUCCAAGAUGGCGGCUUGUUUGAGGCAGCCCAUUCAUUGUCGCCCACUCUCCCACAAUACCAUCCAUCCCAGCUGCUAGAGCUUAUGGACCUCGGAAGGGUACGCCGAGCCAAGGCUAUCUUGGCGCACCUAGUCAAGUGCAUUGCUGGAGAAGUUGCGGUGGUGAGGGAUGUAGAAGCAGGUGAAGGUGGUGCAAGGAGGCACUUAUCUCGAACCAUCAGCGUGACGGGUAGCACAGCCAAAGACAUUAUCGUUGCUGGCCGAGACAGUGGCCGAGAUUACACUGAAAUCAACUCUAUCCCCCCUCUUCCACUAUAUGCACUGCUGUCCGCAGACCAGGACACAUCUUAUAAGGCAGGAGAGGAAAUGGGAAAAGCUGGAAAAGGGGCAGAAAAUGAGAUGCAGAAUCAGUCAGAGGACCAGUAUGCUGAUUUGUUUCAGGUGCAGGCUGUCACCACCGAUGAUUUUGUGAGCUUUGCUGCAGAGAAACCAGAGAAGAAGUCUCGUGUUAUUAACCUAUCACAGUACGGCCCCACAUACUUUGGCCCUGAACACGCACAGGUGCUGUCUUCACAUCUUAUGCACUCUAGCCUGCCGGGACUCACGCGCCUCGAGCAGAUGUUCCUUGUGGCACUUGCCGAUACUGUGGCGACCACUAGUGCUGAGGUUGCAGGACCCACGGAUAAGCAGUACUCUGGUGGAGAUGCUCUAGAUGAGUGUGGCCUACGUUACCUGCUGGCCAUGAGAUUACAUACCUGUCUGCUGACCUCCCUGCCCCCCCUCUACAGGAUGCAGCUACUGCAUCAGGGAGUGUCCACUUGUCACUUUGCGUGGGCGUUCCAUUCCGAAGCUGAGGAGGAGAUGCUGAACAUGAUUCCUGCCAUGCAGAGAGGAGAUCCACAGUGGUCUGAACUCAGGGCGGUGGGCGUCGGCUGGUGGAUCAGAAACAUUAACACGCUGAGGCGGAUGGUAGAGAAGGUAGCCAAAGCAGCAUUUCAGAGGAAUAAUGAUCCACUGGAUGCAGCUCUCUUCUAUCUGGCCAUGAAGAAGAAAGCCGUUCUCUGGGGUCUCUUCAGGUCUCAACACGAUGAGAAGAUGACCCAGUUUUUCAGUCAUAACUUCAGGGAGGACCGCUGGAGGAAAGCGGCUUUAAAGAACGCCUUUUCUCUCCUGGGAAAACAGCGCUUUGAGCAGUCGGCUGCGUUUUUCCUGCUCGCUGGCUCCCUGAAAGACGCCAUUGAGGUUUGUCUGGAGAAAAUGGAGGACAUCCAGCUUGCGAUGAUUGUUGCUCGUCUUUACGAGGCUGAUUAUGAGAGUUCAUCCACCUGUCAGGGUAUCCUGUAUGAGAAGGUUCUUGGCUGCAGCAGAGAUGGAAGUGGAUUCUCAUGUACCAAACUACACCCCGACCCGUUCCUGAGGAGCAUUGCAUACUGGAUCAUGAAGGACUACACCAGAGCCUUGGACACACUGCUGGAACAGAUUUACAAAAAGGAUGAUGAGAACCCUGAUGUCCUGGUGAAGUCGUGCAAUCCUGUCGUCUUUAGUUUCUAUAACUACUUGCGCACGCACCCUCUGAUCAUUCGCCGGCACUUCGCCAACCCCGAGGGGUUUGUGGCUGCAGUUGGUCUAACAGAACGCAACAGUGCAGACGAAAUCAAUCUGAUAGAGCGAAAGCUCUUCUUCACCACUGCUAAUGCUCACUUUAAGGUGGGCUGUCCACUCCUGGCCCUUGAGGUCUUAUCCAAAAUCCCCAAAGUCAUUAAGAAAGCAUCUUCUCUUAGUAAGGGCUCAUCUGUGGCCAACAUCAGUGCCGGCCAACCACAGCAGAAUGGAGGAAAGGCUUCAGAACUUGACUGGGGAGCUCCUUCCAUCCCCAGCCAGGCCUGGGGAGCCGACUCUUCCACCAGCCUGGACUGGAGUCAACCACUGGUUAAAUUGGAGGAUGAUAAUCUACAGUUGGACUGGGGAGAUGAUAAGGAGGAAGAUGAGGAUGAAGAGGGCGGGCUGACCAUGAAAAAGCCGGAAGUGGAGGAUGAAGAGGACAAAAAGCCAUCCAAAUCAGCAGCCCUGCAGCGUGAAGACUCAGGGGGCGAGUCGGAGGUGGACGUGAUCGCCGAACAGCUCAAGUUCCGAGCCUGUUUGAAGAUUCUCAUGACAGAGCUGCGGACACUGGCGACAGGAUAUGAGGUGGAUGGUGGCAAACUGCGAUUUCAGCUCUACAACUGGCUUGAGAAAGAGAUUGAGGCCGUGCACCACAUCUGCAACUAUAAGGUUGAGGGGAAAGCGCUUGUAGGUCAGCUGGAGAAAUGGGGUGGAGAUGGAUCUCUUGACCUGGAAGACUCACAAAUCCGUGGUGAAGCAGGUGCAUAUGAACGUCACCAGAUGGAGCGACGGCGUCUGCAAGCGAAGCAGCUGCAUGCAGAGCGGAGGAAAGCCUGGCUGAGAAAGAAUCAGGCUCUGCUCAGAGUAUUCCUCAGUUACUGCAGUCUGCAUGGGGCCAAGGGUGGAGGAGUGACAUCUGUAAGGAUGGAACUGCUCUUCCUGCUGCAGGAAUCACAGCAAGAAAUGACAGUGAAGCAGCUUCAGUCGCCACUCCCCCUCCCCACCACUCUGCCCCUGCUGUCGGCCAGCAUCGCCCCCACCAAGACCGUCAUUGCCAACCCCGUCCUGCACCUUGGAAACCACAUACAUGACAUCCUAUACACCGUUGUCCAGAUGGAGGCUCCGCCACACCCAGACAUACUGGACGACCGGGUGAAUGCUUUACACACUCUCGCUGCUUCUCUAUCGGCUUGUAUCUACCAAUCACUGUGUGACAGCCACAGCUACAGCAGCCAGUCGGAGGCCAAUCAGUAUACUGGGAUGGUGUAUCAGGGGCUGUUACUGAGCGACAGGCGUAGACUUCGCACCGAGAGCAUCGAGGAACAUGCAACACCCACCUCUGCCCCUGCACAGUGGCCAGGUGUGUCGUCUCUGAUCAAUCUGUUGGCGUGUGCUCAGGGUGAUGAUCACGUGCGUCUGAACGUCAUGUUAUGUGAGGCCGUGGUGGCCGUGUAUCUCAGUCUGCUGAUUCACGGUCUCGGCACACACUCUGGAAACGAGCUCUUCCGGCUGGCCGCUCACCCCCUCAACAACCGCAUGUGGGCUGCCGUGUUUGGGGGCGGAGCCAAACUCAUUGUUAAACCUAAGCGGGCACCUGAAAUCACUCCAGCUGCUCUCAAGGCAGCAGGGUCUGAGGGGUCAGAGGUUGUAAAGGUCAUGGAUUCUGAUCCCCCUACCCUGACCGUCAACCAAGCACCACCUCAGACUGAGGCUGGUAACCACGGUAACGUCACCAUUGAAACAGCACAGCCAGAGAGCUCAAAUGUGGAGUCAAACAGGCAGGCAGAGCUCCAGUCUGAGAAUAAAUCAGUUGUACCUGAUGAAGUGAAACAGGAUAAUGGAGAAGCAGUCCCUCCCCCGACCCCUCCUGCUGAGGACGUGGACCGACAGCGACGCAGGUUUAACAUGCGCAUGCUUGUUCCUGGACGUCCCGUUAAAGAGACUCCAGCCACACCUCCACCCGUCCCUGUAGAGCGGCCCACCUAUAAGGAGAAGUUCAUCCCACCUGAGCUCAGCAUGUGGGAUUACUUUGUGGCCAAACCUUUCCUUCCCCUCUCUGACAGCGGGGCGCUGUACGACUCAGAUGAGAGCGGUGCUAGUGACAAUGAGGAUGAUGAUGAUGCCUUCCUCUCUGACACACAGAUGACAGAACACUCCGAUCCAAACUCCUACAGUUGGUCUCUGAUCCGCCUAGUGAUGGUCAAACUUGCCCUUCACAAUGUCAAGACAUUCCUGCCACUCACAGGACUGGACUUUACAGAGUUGCCAGUGACGUCUCCCCUGGCCAAUGCUGUGCUGAAGACACUGGAAAACUGGGAGCAGAUUCUCUUGGAAAAGAUUAACAAAUUUGACGGCCCUCCACCAAACUACAUAAACACCUACCCGACGGACCUGAGUUCAGGUGGGGGGCCGGCUAUACUCCGACACAAAGCCAUGCUAGAGCCAGAGAACACACCGUUCAAGUCAAAGCACCAUCUCUCCUUCCCUGCUCGCCGUCUGUGGCAUUUCCUGGUCAAACAGGAGGUGCUUCAAGAGACUUUGAUUCGAUACAUCUUCACUAAGAAAAGGAAGCAGAGUGAGUCUUUAGAUGAUCAUGUGGACCACCUCAUACAAAACGGCAUUACUGGAGCUCGAAAAAACAACAAGGUGGAGGCUGAUAUGGGUUACCCAGGAGGCAAAGCCAAAAUCAUCCAUAAAGAAUCUGACAUCAUCAUGGCAUUUGCAAUUAACAAGGCUAACACUAAUGAAAUAGUGCUGGCGUCCACUCAUGAUGUCCAGGAAGUGGAUGUGUCCACGCUUCUCGCAGCUCAGCCUUACACUUGGAUCGGAGAAGAAUUUGACAAGGAGUCUCGCAGCUCUGAUGACGUGGAUUACCGCUCAUCUCACACCAACAUCGCCCAGGCCAGCACCGGACCCUUUGCCCCCCAACAGAUGGCAGCGUCGUCCUCCAUGCCCUGGUUGGGCAGCGGACAGACCAGCAUGGGUGCCAGUGUGAUCAUGAAGAGGAACCUGAAUAACGUGAAGAGAAUGACAUCUCAUCCCAUCUAUCAGUACUAUAUGACGGGAGCUCAGGACGGCAGUGUGAGGAUGUUUGAGUGGAAUCGUCCACAGCAGCUGAUCUGUUUCAGACAGGCCGGAAAUGCUCGGGUCACACGCCUCUAUUUCAACUCACAGGGCAACAAGUGUGGCGUUGCAGAUGGUGAGGGCUUUUUGAGCCUCUGGCAAGUCAAUCAGACUUCCUCAAACCCCAAACCGUAUUUGAACUGGCAGUGCCACAGUAAAAGCUGUGGUGAUUUUGCCUUCAUUACAUCCUCCAGUCUGAUCGCCACAGCAGGACAGUCCAACGAUGGCAGGAAUGUUUGUUUAUGGGACACUCUGAUCUCUCCAAGUAACUCUAUGAUACACGCAUUCCAGUGCCAUGAGAAUGGUGCAACAGUUCUUCAAUAUGCUCCGAAACAGCAGCUGAUCAUCACGGGCGGCAGGAAGGGAUUCAUCUGUAUUUUUGACAUCCGUCAGAGACAGCUGCUCCACACAUUCCAGGCACAUGAUUCGGCCAUCAAAGCACUGGCCAUGGAUUCCACUGAGGACUUCUUUGUCACCGGCUCAGCCGAAGGGAACAUGAAGGUCUGGAAGUUUGCGGGUAACAGUCUCAUGCACUCCUUCAGCACCGAGCACGCUAAACAGUCCAUAUUCCGAAACAUCGGCGCUGGGGUGAUGCAGAUCGAAACCUGUCCAGGUAACCGGAUCUUCACCUGCGGAGCCGACGGGACCCUGAAGAUGAGGGUCCUUCCCGACCGCUACAACAUUCCGGCCAGUAUAUUCCAGAUCCUCUAACACGGGAGCUGCCGUAGAACACUAACGCUUUCAUCGGCACCUCCGCGUUUCCCUAGCUGUGAAUUGUAAACCGGUAACAAAUAUCUCGCGCUGCAGAAUCUCUUUACCACCCCGCCCCCACUAGAGACACUGGAAAACACGCACGAGGUCACUCGAUUCUAACAGUCGACUACUGUAAUCUCCGGAGACGGAUCCGGAUGAUGUGUUCGUAGGAAAGCCGUAUGCAUGAGCUGUUUGAGUCAUCGCACUCCAUUCCCAGGUUAUUGAUCGUGCUCUGUAAAAGUGCUCAAAGCUCCAUUUUUAAGUGUGUAUGUGUGUGUCUUCAUUUUGUGGCCAUUUUAGCAUCUAAAAUACCAGCACUGUGCUUCUGCUAUCAGUGUAAGUCCAGUUGUUGGAUUUUGUUUUUACUGUACGUUUUCUCCUUGGCUGCUAAUGUAUUUGCGGAGUGUAAAAUGGCACAGUACCCUGGCGGCCCGGCGGUUCGCCGCGGCCCCAGAGACACACCCCCUUUCCUUCCACGCGCACACAUGCUGCUGUUGACACGCUUGUUUCCGUAGCAGCCAAACAGCUAAACAUUCCACGCGAGACGACGAUGCUUGCUUCUGGAAAUGACGUGUUUCACCUCUUCAUCUUUCAAGCCCUGAAAUUCUCACUUUUAACAGACGACGUUUCGUUUUUGCACAAAAUAUUUGUUCGUUUGUUUGCUUGUUUUACUUGAUGUCUCUUUUUGUUUUUGUUUUGUUUGUUCUUUUACAAAAGCUUGUAUUUAUAUUUAGCUUUAGGAAUUUAUGGUUUGUUUUAGAUGUCUGGGACAAAGUGCAACACUGAAUAGGUUUGUGUUUUAUUUAUUUACAUAUUUAUUUUUUCAUGUUUUAUCUAUUCUAAAUAUUUGCACUCAGAUCUGGGGAAACAAUAACAAUCUUACGUUACAAGUGGUAAAAGCUCUAUUAGAGGAAACUGUUAUUUACAAAUGAAUGUCUGGCUGUGUGUGGCCGAGUAGUAAAAAGUGAAAAUAGUUUUAAAUGAAUAAAUAUAUAAAUAUAUAUAUAUAAAUAUAAGAUUGAACUACAACAAUAGCUUGUACAAACAUAAUAAUGCUUUUAGUUUAUUUUUUGAUUUUAUCUUAACUGCUGGAAUAGUCGUAUAUUUGGUUUGAUGUAUGUGGUAUUUAUUAAAAUCAUAUUUGUGUUUCUGUCUGAUUUGCUGGGCACCAUGUCAACUGUACGUAUUUUAAAUGUUCAACUGAUGGUCUGAUGUGUAUUUAUUGAACAGCCUGAUCUGUCUGCGUGUGUGAAAAUGCAAACCCCAAAAACACUGGUUGAUAUUUCCGAAGGAACAGGUAGUUCUGUCAUGGUCAAAGUUUUACCUUUGUAAGUUGAAUAAAUUCUUUUUAUUUGAAUUAA